AAAAGGGCGAGUCAUUGCUCGUCUCGUCUGCCUUCCGCAGCUCCGCUUCCCUCGCUCGCCUCAGCCUGUUGCGAUGGCGUCUGAGCCGGUGUUGUGCGAGUAUUUGCCGGCGAGAUGAAGGAAUCGGAGCAGGAAAAAUGGCUGAAAUCGACGACCAGAAGACGCGCGACACUCGCCGGAGCUCGAUCGGACGUUGCAUUGCUUCCGGCAUCUCCGUCUUCCUCACUCAGUUCACCAUCGCUCUGAUUCCUCACUUCCUCCACGCCUCUUCGCUCCUCAUUCAGCUCGCCCUCUCAGCUCUGGUGCUCGUGGUGGUUUUGGGAUUGGGAGGGAGGUGCAGGCGAGUUCUCGGAGUCUAUGCAUCGGCCCCUGCCUUCGUUGUUAUGAGCAUCGUAUACAUCUGCGAGUCCUCUUACACAGACGAAGAGGUUGAACACUCAUUUGAGGAGUUUUACGAGGAUGUUCAUACAGAGUUCUUGAAGUUUGAAGAAAUUGUGAAUUUUAAGGUCUUGAUAUUGGCUUUUUAUCAAGAUAGUGAUGAACUUUGA